AUGUCUACAACCGAGUAUGAUCGACCAUACUUCACGUUUGGAUACCAUGAUAGUACCCGAGAUACACCGCUGAAUGAUCUUCAGUAUGGCUACCUCUUGAACCAGGGCUUCAAUUUCGCAGUUGCGCCCAUCACCAAUCAAAGUUUCCGGAAACGAAUCUUUAAGCUCGUUGAAGAUCAUAUGAAUCAGCUGGCCAAGUCCAAGUCUGAGAGCACCACCAUCGUGACGGCUGCGCAGGCCGACCCAACCAUCCCUCCCCUCACCCCGGAGGACACCAGCUUGUUCCCCUCUCAGGCCGUCAACACCUACACUGGCUGCAUCAGCCCUUGGAUCGACCUGUCAUCGCCAAACCCAAUCAUCGCAAGCGUGUCGCGACAGGUCCUGAACCUGGAGAUCAACUAUGCGAGCUUCUGCGGGCUUCGCAUCGUCAUGAUCCCGCCGCCCGAGCGGGACGGCUCGCGCGGCGCUGGAAACUCUGGCCUGGCGCAGUAUGCUCGUGCCGUUCAGGAGGCACUGAACAUUGGAGCCAACAUGAGCUUUGCCGUGCAAAUGCCCAUGUACCGCGAGCCAGGUAUCGACGGCGGCGUUGAAACCCUGUCUCGCCUCAACCCAGUCUCGCAGGUCCCGCCGGUCGCGCAUGAAAUCGACAUCUUCACCACAUGGGACUCCUGGCACAAUGUGCGAAGCGCCUGUAGUUACAACCUGAGACUGUUCCUCGCUUUAAAAGUUCCAAAGGUGAUGCCCGACAAAGCACUACAGGACCGAUGGUUCUCGGAGCCUCUCAUGUAUCUCACAUUUACCCCAGAAAUUUUUCAGACCAAUAAUUCCGGCAACCCCUCGCUUUCUAAACACCACCGAGACAUGGUGUAUACUUACAUGAAGCUCAAGGCCGCGCCGGGGCUCCUAAUGUUGAAUGCCGGACCUCGCAUCGAUCAUAUUAAAGAUUUUUCGCAGACUAUAAUCUCUGGGGAUGCCUUCCCGUCGCUUUCCGAGGCUUAUACCGAGAGCCAGCCUGCGUCUGAAGAAGCCGGCAAGGUGUCCCCGUACAUCGAGUACAUGCGCUGGGUGGAAUCGGGGCAGCCAUCGCCCACGAUAUUCGAGUCACCAAUGCUUACAAGCUUCCAAGACUGGCUCCAGUCACCGCUGCAGCCUUUGUCUGACAACCUAGAAUCGGCUACCUACGAGGUAUUUGAGGGUGAUCCCGUCAAGUACAAUCAGUACGAAGCCGCGACCAUGGAGGCCCUGAUUGAGUGGAAGAAGCUCAAAAAGCCCACGUCAAAGGAGGGCGUCGUUGUCAUUGCCGUGGCGGGCUCAGGCCGCGGACCUCUUGUCACACGAGCCCUCAAGGCCGCCGAGUAUGCCAACGUGGAUGUGGAGGUUUGGGCUGUCGAGAAGAACCCGAACGCGUACGUGUAUCUGCUGCGCCAGAACCAGAGUAUUUGGGGCGGCCGCGUCAAGGUCGUCAAGACGGACAUGAGACACUGGAAGGGCCCCGUGAUUUCAGAGUCCGCAGCGGGACCGGUCUACGGCAAGGUGGACAUUCUUAUUUCGGAGUUGCUGGGCUCGUUUGGCGACAACGAGCUCUCUCCCGAGUGUCUGGACGGCAUCCAGCACGUUAUGGCACCACAGGGCAUCUCCAUCCCGAGCUCUUACACGGCGCACUUUACGCCGAUCGCCUCGCCCAAGCUGCACGCGGACAUCUUCGCGCGCUCCGCCACCGACCCGAAUGCGUUUGCCACGCCGUGGGUCGUGCACCUGUUCUCGCUCGACUACAACGCCAGCCGCGUACCGGACCAUCCGCGCAUCCAGGAAGCCUGGGAGUUCUCGCACCCCAUCCCCGAGUCCACGCUGCAGGGAAUCGAGGCACGGCGCUCCGGAGGCGUCGUGGGCGGCGGCGGCGGCAGUAUGGCCGGCGCGGCCGGCGCCAACGACCACAACUCGCGCUUCUGCCACCUCACCUUUGUCUGCCGGACGCGAGGUGUCACACACGGCUUGGCGGGGUACUUUGAGUCUACCCUGUACGAGUCGCAGGUCGAGGAAACGCGGGGCGAAAAGGUCGAGAUCAGCACGCACCCGGAGCGCAUCGAUAAGAAGAGCAAGGAUAUGAUCUCGUGGUUCCCCAUCUUCUUCCCUCUCAACCAACCGCUUUACUUUCCUGCGGACACGGAGCUGGAGGUAAGCAUGUGGCGGCAGACGGACGAUACGCGCGUGUGGUACGAGUGGCUUGUAGAGGCGUGGACCUGGGUGGGUGAGAAUAGCCGCGUCAAGGUUGGGUCGUCGGAACUGUGCAGCAGCCGCAAGAUGGCAUGUCUGAUGUAG